ACUUCUACUUCCAAUCAUCCACAAAAAGAUUUCGACGAUAUUUUGGAGGAAGUUGCAAAGAGAGUCCGCAAGAACUUAGAAAUCGACAAAUUAGGAAGGAAACUUGGAUUUUCUCCAGAAGAUAUUGAAGGGUACAACGCAACUAAUCACAAAACUCAGAAUAUAACGUAUGAUGGAACUCUUCAAAUGCUCCGGGAUUGGCGAGAACGUCAAACGAAUCUUACUGAGCAAGCAGCUUUGAAGACUGCUUUAGAGCAAUCUGGACAAAUUCGUCUUGCUGAUGAUCUGUUUACCUUCACAGAGGGAGAUCCCACAACUCCUCAUAAGAACAACGGUGAUCCCGAACAAGAUCAAGAUGUCACUACACCAUUGAUGCUAUUACCUAAUACAACGAAUAGCCCUUCUACUGCUACUGCUACUCCUGCUGCUGCUGCUGCUGCUGCUGCUAUUACUACUACUAUUACUGCUACUUCGAAUACUGAUGUUACUUCUUCUACUUCCAAUUAUCCACAAAAAGAUUUCGACGAUAUUUUGGAGGAAGUUGCAAAGAGAGUCCGCAAGAACUUAGAAAUCGACAAAUUAGGAAGGAAACUUGGAUUUUCUCCAGAAGAUAUUGAAGGGUACAACGCAACUAAUCACAAAUCUCAGAAUAUAACGUAUGAUGGAACUCUUCAAAUGCUCCGGGAUUGGCGAGAACGUCAAACGAAUCUUACUGAGCGAGCAGCUUUGAAGAAUGCCUUGGAGCAAUCUGGAAAAAAUCGUCUUGCUGAUGAUCUUUUUCCAUCCAGUCAGUAAAUACAUGAAGCAUGGCAGGAGUCAGU